ACAACUUUUUAAAAAUAUCUUCAGCUUAUUGGGGCUGAAAAUUCAUAAUUACAGUAUUUUACUACUCCUUCAUGAAAAUGUUACCAUCACUUGGCAUAUUUAGUAAUAUUCCUUGUCCAUAUUUUGAAGAAGGCCAAUGUUUGAGGCCUUAUUGUCAUUUUAAACAUGUUUCAAAGAAAGAGGAAACAUCAAAGCCAGUGUACCAUCCGACAAAAAUCACACAACAGCCUGAUGUUGAAAUAGUUCAAGAACAAGUUAAAAAGAAACCGCGACUUGAAUAUCUUCCAAUACCGAUUUCAAGGCCCAUUGCAACUUAUAAAGCAACUGUGAUCAACAAAGUUGUUGAAUCCAACUCGUAUGUUCCAGCUGAAACAAAUAAAAGUAAUAAUGUGUCCGUAGUUUCUUAUACGCCUUCAAAAAUUAUUAAAGAAACAAACGAAAUAUUAAAAGAAGAAAUUAAAAGUGAAAAACUUCCGGAAGUUCUUGAAGAAUCUGUAAACAAAUCAACUGACGAAACAAUCAACAUAGUUUCAGAAACAGUAAAAACUGAUGAUAAAGAUAAUCAACAUAAUGAUGAAGUUGUUAAAGAAAAAGAUCACAGAAAAUCAAGAAGUCACUCAUCAUCCAAACAUCGAUCUUCAUCAUCAAGACAUCAUCACAAAAGUUCGAAAUCAAAAGAGAAAAGUUCAUCAUCACAUGAAAAGAGUUCUCAUCGAAAGGACUCAAGUUUAUCAUCAUCAUCAACAAGACAUAAAUCAAGUAGACACAAAUCUAGCUCAAAUUCUAAACGAGAUCACAGAUCAAAAAGUUCAUCUCAUAGUAAACAUAAAAAGGACGAAUUGGAACAUAAAAAUGGUGAUGAAAAAGAAAGUAAAAGUGUUGAAGAUUCUUUAGACAGUAAUGGAUGGAUUGAGAGUGAAGAAGAUGAUAUUGAAGAGCAAUGUCGACAGAUUUUUGAUAACUAUAAACCAAAUGAAGAUUCUUCAUCGUCGAAGGCAACUCAACCCAAAACUACAAGGAAAGAAGAAUCUGACGAAGAGCCAACAGUUGUUGACAAAAAACGACAAGCACAUGAAAAUGCUGGAACUGUAAAACGUUCAAUUCCAAAAAUUAAAACAAAUCAUGAACAAGAAGCGAUGUUGACAGUUCAACGAAGACAACAAAUGGCUCUUGACAAAGCUUUAAGUGAGUUAAAAGCAAAAGAUGAAUUAAUAGCCAAACAUGAAGCUGAAAUCAAAGAGAGAGAAAAUGCGACACCGCUCAUCAAUCCGCUGGUAUUUCAACGACCUCAUGGACCAAAACGACCGAUGAUUACACCAAUUUCAUCACAAAUGGCGAUUCAAAAUGCAAAACGAAAGAUUGAAGAAUUAAAUAAAGCGAAACAACGACAACAAUUUCAAACUCCAACACCGGCGCAAACAGCAGCAAAAAGUGUGAAUAGAGUUGCUCACGUUCCAUCAGGAAUUGCUGACAUUGAUGCAAGUAAAUUAGCACCACCUGUAAGAGAAGCCCAAAGCUCAAAAAUUUCCAGCAAUAUUCGUCAUCAAUAUUAUCAGAACAUGGUGAAGGUUUGUUUAGAAAUUUAUCCACUUGCAGCAGAUGCUUUCGAAAGAGCUCAAUCGGAAGAGUAUGAAGUUUUUAAGAAAUGCACAAUGGUGACAACAUACAAGACGAGCGUCUUACUUGCAAUCAAUCGACUGAAAAAAGAAAUUAAUUUAAGUAGCAAAUCGAAAUUACCAAAACUUGUUUCACACGAAUUAAUGUUAGCUGGAAAAAUUGGACAAAAAUCGUCUUGGUCGACAAAUAACAAAAUAAAAGUUUCCAAUUCAGAGUCGUCAUUAACAACGAUCGACAACUGCUCAAGUUCGGAAGCUUUUGAGUUGGUCGUCGAUUGCAUUUUAUCGGAGGCACAAAUGAGGGAAAAUGGCUUUCCUCGAUCAUGUGGAAAGCGUGGUCGAGCACAACUUUUUGUUCCAAAGAAAGCAAAGCCACAAAAUGGAAGAGAAGACGAUUAUUAUUGCGCGAGAUGUCAUAAAGUGUUUAAUGUUGACAUUUACGAUGAGCCGCAAACAGAUUUGUGUAAUUUUCAUAUGAAACGUUCAGGAUUUCGUCGAGGUUGCGCUGAUAAUUUGUAUUAUUGUUGUGAACAACCGUCGGGAUCGGCUGGAUGUUGUUAUGCAAAUUAUCAUGUGACUGAUUACAUUGAUCAUGACAAUCUCAUUCAAUAUGUUCAGACAAUGGAUAGAGGCGACGAUUAUGUGUGCACAAAGAAAGAUAUUUUCGCACUUGAUUGUGAAAUGUGCUACACCGUUGCUGGCAUGGAACUCACUCGAAUAACAGUCGUUAACUUCAACGAGGAAACUGUUUAUGAUAAGCUCGUGAAACCACAGAACCGCAUUAUUGACUACAACACAAGGUUUUCGGGAAUUACUGAAGCGAUGUUGUCGUCACCCGACGUCCAAUCAUUCUCACAAGUGCAAGCUGUUUUAUUAUCGAUGUUUCAUUCACGCACAAUUCUCAUCGGUCACUCAUUAGAGAGUGACUUGAAAUCUCUUAAACUAAUACACAACGUGGUCGUUGACACUUCCAUUCUUUACCCUCAUCGACAAGGUCCACCGAAGAAACGAGCUUUGAAGACAUUGUGCAUUGAAUAUCUCGAGAAAAUUAUCCAAGAAGAUGAUGCUGGUCAUGAUUCAGCGGAAGAUGCAAUGGUUUGCAUUCGACUUGUCAAAUGUUAUUUGCGCAAUCGAAUUGUCAAUUAAAAUCAAUUUUAAUUAAUAACUGAACAUUACUGAUCAUGAUUAUCAAAAUAAUAUUUAGAAUAGAAUAAAAUUUAAAGUUAAACGUGAUAAAUA